AAUUCCCCUUCCUGUGAUCCCAUACUUGGGUUUUCCUGUUCCCCUCCAUUACCCUUAUUUAUGGCCUUUACUUUAUUUCACUUAAGAAAAGAAUGUGUAUAAAACCUUCACCCACUCUGGUACAGCCAGGCAUCGCUUCCUCUUGCUCUCAGUUUUUCAUGUGUGGACAACCAUUUUGCGGCCUACUUCAUCUUCCCUGCAUCUGCACUGUUAUUUUAUUUAUACUCCAACUCACAGACGUCCUGGGACACCAGUCAGACCCUACUCUACUCUAUAUAUAUAAGUAUCUGAUUAUUAUGAUGUUAAUUAUACUUGGAGUAAAUAGAUCACAUGAGUUUGAUUAAAACACAUAGACUAAAUAGGUUUAAUCAAGCUACUUCUAUUGUAUCUAAUAGGUUAUAUACUAAUUAUUAGAUCAAUUUGUUAGAUGGAUAUUAGUUUGAUUAAAACACUAGAUAAGGUUGAUUAGAAUAUUUUUCUCGACAUUAACUAUUUUAACAACAGAAGCAUUCCCCACAUUUUUCACCUACGCAUUACAGUUUAAUACAGUUUAAAUACAUACAAAUUAUUUUUGUCACAUAUCCUAGCAUGUUAGAAAGCUGGGACCAUGAUACUUUUACAGCAUAAGGGCCUAAUAGGGGCAGGGCUAAGGUUUGAACCACCCCGGCUUCUGAACAACACAGAAACAUGGCACCUUUAAUUACUGAGCCACCGUUACCUUGUUUUGGUGACGCAAUCGUUAAAAGGGAAGUUUGGUAAAACCUUGCUAGUUUGGUUAUAGUUAGCAUGUAGCCUGACAUGUAACAAUCACAAAGCAGCUUCUCCAAAAACCCAAUAGGAGGCAAAAUGGCUUCUUUAGGGUGCACAUCUGCCAGCACAUCUGUCUGAGGAUUAGGCAACCUUAGAAUGGUGGAGAAAGUCACACCUCUUGAGCAAAUGGAAGAAGGAAGAGUUCUCAAAUUCUCUCAACCCCCAAAAAGUCUCACAGCUACCAAUCUUUUAGAGUGACUGUAUCUCAGCUCUUCAGCUUCUAGAGAUGCUCUAAGAAAGUCGAGUCAAGCCAUAGACUGAUGAAAAGCUGCAAUGUCUAGAUCAGGAGCUUUCAAUGUAUUACAAUAGAUAAAUAGUAAAAUUGUUAUUUCAUUGAACACUAAAUUUAAGUAAUUAAAGUCAUAGUAUAAGCACUGUGUUAUUAUAUAAUUAACUUUCAAAUUAGAUGCAGAAAUCAGUCAUGUGAACUCUUAUAAUACUUAAUAAUAUAAGAUAAAAGAAAACUUAAGAAUGCAUGUAUUUCUCCUGACAGGUGUUAUAUUUGGAUAAAGAGACAGACGCUCUUGUUGGUAAUAGAAGUGCAUACUUGAGUCACUGGAACAACAUAAAGACAUCCAGAGCAGAAAAUCACAAUACUUUUUUUGCUCACAAUCUUCAAAUGGACAUUUCUCUGUUCUUUAUUUGAAAAAAUAUAUACUAAGCAGUGCAGCAUAGAACAUUUCUGCUUUUGGACUGCUUUCAACCGGAGCAUAAACUUAGUUUAACUGAAAAAGGGAAGUAGAACACAAUGAAAGCAUCUACAACAGAAAACACAAAACAUCUGCACUAAAAACAUUGCACACUUAACUGGGUCAAGUGCAAACUGCGCUCAUACCAGAGUUUUUAAAAUACUUCUUCAAAACACCUCUAGGAAGCAGCAACGUGAUUAAAUGACUGAGUGAAUUUGCUGCGAUUUACUGGGAGUUUGAACGGUAGAAUUAAAGUUUACACAAUUUUUCCUGCAGAAAACUAUAGAUCUGAAGGACACUGAAAACGUUCUGAAUUACCACUAAGCCUACUUGUGUCAACACUACACAACUUGGAGACUUCACUGGAAGAUCAGUACAUGAGAUUAUACUGCAUGUUGUGCUUGUAAAAGUAAACCAGGCAUAGAAUUUUGUAUUUUAUUUCUUAUUAAAUGUUUAUUUUUUUUAUUACCUUUGUACUCUGAAGGGUCUUUGUAAGGGAAUGUAUUUGUCAUACAAACUCUAAUCUACAAUCAUACAAUCUCUGUAAAGGAUUAGUGCCGGUUUUACAAACUUGAUAUAACUGAGAUGCUGAAUGCUUGUAGUGAGGCCUUACUAUUAAACUUAAACAACUAAUGUAGGUGGAGGUGAGGUGAAAGAUAACCAAGAUUUAUUGAAUCAUAUGUAAACAGAGCAUAUAUGACAGGAAAUGUUGGGAAAUUUAAUCUACACACCCGUCUAAUUAUUGGAUUCUGUGGAUUCCUGGUAAAGGGUUCAAUGGUCUGGCCAAAGGAAGUUGGAGAGUUGGUACAACAAAACUGGUGUUUGAUGGGAAGAAAAUAGCACAAAGCGCCAUGUUUAUUUUGUAUUUUGUUUAUUGUGGAAACAUUAUUAUUCCAGAGAUUUGCUUUAUUGUUUGGUGAUUCCUCCACCAUCGAGCGCAAUUGGUGCAUGCUGGACAUAUGAAAAGAGAAUGAAGAGAGAAAGAGGAGGGGCAAGUGAUUAAGAGACAGAGAUGCUUUCUAAAGCUGCUUUCUGAAGGUGGAAAAAGGGGAUAACGGGAAACAGGGACAGAAAAGACAGCUGGAUUGAGGUUUGGAUGUUAAUGCAAAUGUGAAUAAUAAUCCAAAUGGAAGCAGGAAGCAUGGAUACAAUUGAUGUCCCACAGGAUAAGAUUGUGAAAAAGGGAUCAUUUAAAAACAAGAUUGAGAAGCUGAGAAGAUGGAGCACCUCCACAGGUGGAAGCUUUAAACACCCUUCCAAAAUGAAGACCCUCAGCUUGAGGUCUGCCACAGAGGUGGAAGAAGAUGUAUGUUAUGAAGAGAAUGAGCGCAGGAAACUCAGACCAAUGGUGGCAUCUGUUUUUGGUCAGGACAGAGAUCUAAGGCCAGAGGAAAUUGAAGAGCUAAAGGAAGCCUUCAAGGAGUUUGACAGGGAUAAGGAUGGUUUCAUCAGCUGUAAAGAUCUGGGCGAGUGCAUGAGGACAAUGGGCUACAUGCCUACAGAGAUGGAGCUGAUUGAACUUAGUCAGAAGAUCUGUGGAGGCCGAGUGGACUUUGAAGACUUUGUGGACCUAAUGGGGCCUAAAAUGUUGGCUGAGACAGCAGAUAUGAUUGGAGUCAAGGAACUGAGAGAUGCAUUCCGAGAGUUUGACUCUAAUGGCGAUGGUCAGAUUAGUCUGGCGGAGUUGAGGGACGCCAUGAAGAAACUGAUGGGUCAGCAGCUGAACCAAAGAGAGAUUGACGAGAUCCUCAGAGAUGUAGACCUGAAUGGAGAUGGCUUAGUCGAUUUUGAGGAGUUUGUGCGGAUGAUGUCUCGCUAAACCCACAAGUAAACAAGAAAUUCGUUAAAUCCUGCUAUGAAGAAAAUGAAAUAUGACCUUAUAUAAUAUUUAUUACCUUAUUAUAAUAUUUAUUUAAAUAAAAAUUGCCCGAUGUAUCUCAUAAUGCCAGGAUUUUUUUUUCGACAUUUAAUGUAAUACAUCUAAAGAUUUUAUGUAAAUGAUCUUAUUUAAAAGUCAGUGCUCACAAUUUAUAUGAUUGUAUGGUUAUAAACAUAAAAUUCUUUGAUGUAUCGAAGAACUUGGUUAUUCUAUUUCUAUGAUUGACUGUAAAUACUACUAUACAUUUUAUUUUUUAUUUUAUUUUUUUUUACUUUACUUUACUCAAUAUUUAUAUCUAUUAUAUAUUAGGGCUUUAAAUGCCACAACAUAUACGGCAUUGUGGAUUAAGUUUCAGAAGAAAUUUCAGAUGAGUUAUUUCACACAAAAGGCAUAUGCUCACAAAUGAGAGAUGCACAGUACGAUAAAAGGACAGACGGGAUGUAGUUUUCUAGGGUUUUCAGAUUAUGAUGGUCUGAUGGACAUAUAGAUAAAAUGGUCUGGUCAUAUAAAUAAAAUAAAUGAUUUCUGUGCCCUUUAUUGAAAUUAUAUUCACAUUAAAUAUUAAUGUGAAUAUAAUAGAAAGAGGUGCUGUUUCAUAGAACUGCAAAUGUAUAUAUUUUAUUUACAGAACAUAAAUACUGGUAUUGAUUACUACACAAUGAGACAGCAUGCUGAUGUUGGUAAACAGGCCCUGCACUGUGAGUACUGUGGCAUGACUAUGCGCCAUGACUAUUAAAAUAAUCACCAUUACAUUUAACCGGGCAGAACAAGCAGGGAAAAAAUUAUGAACUGAUGGCAGUAUGUUUGUUUUAGUACGUUUGUCUGUGUGUUUGGUUAGACUCGUAUUAUCAGUGGGUGUGAGUGAACCGACACCUAAUCUGAUCGUUCUGAUGAAGCGUUAUUCAUCUUAUUAUUAAGAUAUUAGAAGCAGAAGAAGCUUGAAACUAUGCAGAGCAGUAGUUUUAUCAAUCAGGCAUGAAAUUGGGUCAUCUAUUCAAUUAUGCAGUAAUUAUAAAGGUCAUGAAUCUGGCAGGUGGAUGUAUUCCCUAGCUCAGUUGUAGCCAGCAGAUAGCACUAUGGUCAACAACCAUAGUAAUCAAGUAAUAAAGACAAAACUCAAGUAAUUAAAAAAAAA